AUGUGCACCCUCCGUUCCCUUCCCCUCGCGCUCUUAGCCCUUCUUCCCCUCGUCCUCGCCUCACAAUCCUGUACAUACGACGGCCCCGUCCCCUCCUUCUCCGACGAAUGCAUGCUCGGCACCAACCCGAUGUGCAUCAAUCAUCAAUGCAUGUACGAAUUCUGCGAUCAAGGGAGUUUUGCGGAGGUCGCUUUCCCCCCUGCGGAACUGUUUGACGACAGCCCCACGUACUUCUAUUGUCAUAAUUGCCCUGGGGAAGGACAAACAGCCGACGAUCAGGACAGCAAUUCUUCGGGAAUAGGAGAGUGCUACGUGCCGUGUGGACCUGUAAAAUGCUAUGUACCAUCAUUAGGCGGCACGAACCCAGGGGCAUACCAGACUGGAGCGGGGGUGUGCGUGAACCCACUCAAGGGGAUAUGUGAAGAGAUGUGCGACGUUGCUGGGCAUAUUCCAAUACCAGACGCGUACUCGCUCAACAACACUUGUAUCCUCGCCCUCGAAGACCACACGUUUUUCAAGCGCGAGGAGACAGUGUCCAUCAGAGAGCUAGACGCCGAGCAGCGCGCAGAGCUCGCCCUGCAGCAUCGCGAGUCCAGCACUCGGAAACGUCGGCGCUACGCAAAGCUAGACUCUGCGAGUUUGUUAGAGCGACGCAGAAGGGAAGUGCGGUGA